AUGGAGGACUCUCCUCAUGUGUACAUAUCUGAAUUUGGAGGCAGUGAGGACAUAAGGGAGGAGGAAGAAGAGAACAUUUACCAAGAUGACAUGGAACCUGACAUGAGCUCUCAUUACCAGGCUGGAGAUCACAGUGAUCAGCCACACACACCAGGAGUAUCAGAGGGGCAUCAUGCAUGCAAGUACUGUGAAAAAGUAUUCACAACCCACACCAACCAGAGACGCCAUGAAUAUAGAGUUCAUGAGAACCAGCUGGAACUCAAACACGUGGAAAAAACCCAGCUCCCUCAAGAGGAAAACCUCCACAGGAUAGUCAGUGAAUCAUCUCAGCAGCAACCACUGCUUGAUGACAGUGCACCACCUGUAGUUGUUGUGGAGAAUGAAGGGGAACAUGAAGAACAUUACAUGCUAGAUGUGUCUAGCAAUAUUUCAGAGAAUCUCAGUUUCUACAUUGAUGGAAAGAUAGUGUCAACAAGUACAGAAAGUUUAAAAGGAGAACUGGUUCUCCAACAGGCUCUCCACAGCAAACUCCAACAUCUAAUGAAGAAACAUCUUUGCCAGAUGCAGGAGAUUUUGAUACUUCACAGACUUUACCAUAGUAACGGGUUCAAACAUUGUGACCCCAGUGGAGCCUGUUGCCGACGGACUUGUUUAUGGACUUACCCUACCCCACAGUUCUCUGGCUCCAUCGCAGAAUCAGUAACUCUGUCCACUUCCACCUCAGUGAUAUCUGAUUGUCCUACUCUGGGUGAGUCAAACUCUGACCAAGAGCUUUCUAGUGGCACAGGGCCACCAACCACAAGAGCUGAGGAAGCUACUGAUGGUUCUGUUUCAGCACCUGAAACCUCAUCUGAAACUUCUCCCUCUUUGGAGAAAGUUAAAGAGGACGAAUCUUCAAAUGAUGUCCAACAGCAGACGUUUGCAAAGAAUUUCAUCUGCAACGUGUGUGAUAAGCUUUUCCAUUCGAUGAAAGAGCUCAGCCAUCAUGUCGGCGACCACGCCGAUGAAUGGCCCUACAAAUGUGAGUUCUGUGUUUUACUUUUUGGCAAACCCUCUGCUUUGCUUGACCAUCGCUCAAGCCUCCACGGUGUUGGUAAGACUUACGUUUGCAGUGCUUGUACAAAAGAAUUUGUCUACCUUUGCAAUCUGAAGCAGCAUCAAGAUGAAUUGCAUCCAGGCCAGCAGUGUACAUAUAUGGAAGAAGAAAAGGGCAAACUAAGACCUCAGAACUAUAACAACUCCGCUAAAGUCAACUCAGAUCCUUCAGUUCCUGAAGUUCAAGAGGAACCCAAGAAAUUGGUGAAAAAGGAAGAGAGUGAAGUAGACGUGACUACUGAAGAACUGCUCACAACAAUUAAAGUCAUGGCUUCAGAUGGAGGUAAAAUCAAAGGGCCUGAUGUUCGCCUUGGCAUUAACCAGCACUAUCCCAGCUUCAAGCCCCCUCCAUUUCCUUACCACAACAGAUCACCUACUGGUUCAUUGGCUUCAGCCACAAACUUCACCACACACAACAUCCCACAGACCUUCAGUACAGCUAUUCGAUGCACCAAAUGUGGAAAAAGCUUUGAUAACAUGCCAGAGCUGCACAAGCACAUCCUGGCUUGUGCAAAUGCCAGUGAUAAAAGGCGAUACACCCCCAGAAAGAAUCCCAUUCCUCUACGUCACUUUGCAAAAUCUCAAAAUGGAGUGCUUUCUACUACUAAUUCUACAAAUGGAUUAAAUGCUUCAAACAGAGUCGGUCAGUCAAACAGGUCCAAACCCAGUCAAGAAUCACCUGUAAAGUUUAAAGUACUUAACAAAAGGAAGAAGAAGUUCGCCCAGAGAGUCAUGCCACAGAGGCACAAGUCAGUCCAUUCAUCAAACAAAGUGUCACCUGCACAGGUGGAUGAGCAGCAGGAAAUAUUUGUGUGUCCACACUGCAGCAGAGAGUUCACAAUGCGUCGCAGUAGAACCAAACACAUGGCCGUGUGCCCCAAGAAACCCAAAGAGAUAAAGAAAAGGAAAGAAGGUGGGAUCUCUGUGACGAAGGAAAACGACGGACACUUACACAGAGGGGUUUCCUACGUUGAAGAGAAACAAGCGUCACCUCUGCAUAAAACGAGACUCCAGACGUCCGCCUCUACAAAGAGGCCUGCCAUCCUGCCAGUGCAAACUGUCUUUUCAAACAAAAGAAGCAAAAUCAUUAUAAAAGAGAGCACACAGCCAAAACAAGAGCCGCCCACUCUCAAUGAGCUUCCCAUUGUUCGCACUUUCAACCCCUCUAUGCGGCAGUAUAGCAGAGUGCAGCAUAGCGUCAAAGGAGUCCCCAUUAAAAUCACUAUAGUGAAACCUCAGCAGACUUCACCACAGAAGGAUGAGUUGCCUCCCACCCAGAGGAAAGAAGAAGCAACUGGAUCCAUUACCAGCAGCACUAAGCAGAGUGCUUUAGCCUGAUGACUACACAGCAGGCAAUAGGGGAUCAGCAGGAGCUGUUUGGAUCUCCUUCAGUGACUCUAAAGGGAGACAACUGGCAUUGACACUGUAAACCCAGCAGACUUGUAGGCUGCAGAAUACUGUACAAUAAAACUGAAUUCAGGACACUUAAAACAGACAACUAAGGAUUCUGCAGUGAGUAGGUGUGUAUAACCGAGUGUUUUGAAUGCUUUUGUAGUACCUUGGAGUUUUGUAGAGUUACCCUUCAUUGCAGAAACUUUCUGUCAAUUGCUUGGAUUUGCACUUGAAGUUAAUCUGACUGCUACGUGUCACAAAUUGAAGAGGACGUGGGAAUAACUGAGCUGGAAGGACCACUCCGCUCGUUAGAUUACGCGGCGGCAGGUGGCAAUCAUUUUCAGCAUGCAUUUGCACUUUUUAUUAACUGUUGUCUGUGGCCUUUUGGUUUAAAUUAAUGCAUGCUGUCUGUGAGCUUGUGAUUAAGUUGCAUUAAUUUAGGAUGGAUUAUUUUGAUGCAGUUAGGCCUCAAACACUGAAUCUGAUGAUAAUCCUUUGGUCAGUUUGGCAGUCAAAGCACAUAGAUGAGAUGAGAUGCAGAAUCAUAGAUGAGCGACAUGCUUGAUAGUGUGAUGUAACACUGGUAACAAGCAUCCUGUCAAAUUACUAUUAUGGAUUUGAAUAAUGUCAUUUAAUACUUGGUAAAGUCAUUUUUUUCGAACUGAGAAUGAAAGAUUAAGUUGAUUUAAUGCUACAGCCUUUUUGGUACAAAGCUGUAUUUUCUCGUUGGCCCAGCUGCUGCUGUAUAUAUUUGUAUGAGAGUUCUCUCAAUAAUGCUCUAUGUGCCAUCUAAUGUAUAUAUGACUAAAUGUGGCAUAAAAGUGGUAAAAAAAAAAUAAGCAUUCAGUGUUUCCCAGAUUAAGAAUUUACUUAGGUGGUUCACCCAAAUAGUCACCAUCAUUUACUGAAGGUAAUUUGCAUAUUCAGGGCCUGUAGAAGUUGCUUUGAAGAACUUCAUUGAUGUGAAAUUUCAUUAAAUUAAAUUUAAUUGUCAUAGAAACAAGAAGAAGAAAAGAAACUUCCCGAGCAUUUGCUUGAGAGUGCAGCGCUACCUUUGCAGUCAUUUUGAAUGUGUGACACUGCAGAUAAAUUCUUAGUGUCUGGGGAAACUGUGCAGUCUAACGAACAUUGACAGAGCCAACCUUUGUUUUGGCUUCACUGUGUGUCUCUUGAUAUUCUGUCAUAUUUUCAGAUUUUCAGUUUGCUGACCUAAUUUUGCACCUAUUCUACAAAUGCUUUGGGGGUUUUUUUUGUUUGUUUUGUUUUUCGGUGGUGUUUCCCCUGCUGAAUGUAUGGUCAGUUAAGAUAAUUUCAUCUGUAACAUACAAACACUUCAUCAUUGCUUAUAAUCUGUGCAACAGUUGUCAGCAGUUUAAUGUGUGAGGUGUGUACAAUGAAUUCGAACAUGUAUCAAUCAAGUAUUGAAAUGUACUCGGUUGUGGUUUGUUUUUUGUUUUUUUUUUUGCAGCAAAUCUGUCAUGGGAUAUGAAAAUGUUUGUGGCAUCAUAUCAGUAAAACAUCUUUAUUUCAAAAUUUCUAAGCUACUAGUUUGAUCCAGUGCUAUACAGGGUAGUUAAUGCAUUAUGACUGAACUGAGUUUUAUUCAUUUGAUCAAAUUAAAACUUGACAAUGGCAGUAAUGGUACUUAUACAUUUUUGACUUUCAAACUCAUUAUUGAUAAUAUUGCUUUUUAUUCAGAAAGACUUAAACAUGUUGGAUGUACAGGACAGUUUGGGAGACUUAUUUUACUGUGAAAAGUGCUUGUAGCAUUUAGUAGUGUAAAUUGAGUCAUGUAUAUUUAUUAAUAAUUUAAAAAUCACGUUAUCAGUCUUUGAACAGUUCCUCUGUAUGAUUUGCACUAAAGUUGUUUUGUUUUUGUUUUUUUUUUCCAAGCGAGUGUUCAGAAUAAAUUGCGAAUGUUAACGCUU